AUGAAGCUUUGGACGGCCCUUUUUCUCCUUUCCUCGGUCGUGUCUGGUGUCCUGUCUGCAAGCUCAACGGAGGACAAGUUUGCAACAUACCAAUCCCUGUCUCGUUCGGGACCUGUUGAUCUAGACAGUGCAUCAUAUGAAGACCUCACAUCUACACCUCGAGAUUACUAUGCUGUGGUUAUCCUGACUGCCACGGAUCCUCGCUUUGGCUGCCUCCUAUGCCGCGACUUCGAAUCUGAAUGGGACCUGAUCGCCCGAAGCUGGACCAAGGGCACCAAGCCUGACGACCUCAAGGUGGUCUUUGGGACACUCGACUUUGAUAACGGCAAGGCCGUUUUCCAAAAGCUCAUGCUUCAAUCUGCACCCGUACUCCUUGUCUUCCCUCCUACCAUCGGUCCCUUUGCUAAGGUUGAAGGGAAUCCCCUUCGGUUUGAUUUCACAGGCCCGAUCUCAGCCGACCAGAUCUACUCUUGGAUUGGACGUCAUUUGCCCGAAGGCCCCAAGCCUGAACUAGUUCGACCCAUCAACUACAUGCGGAUUGUAUCAACGAUCACAAUUCUGAUGGCAGUUGUGACUGCGGUUACGGUCCUUUCUCCCUACCUGCUGCCAAUUAUCCAGAACCGAAACCUUUGGGCUGCAAUCAGUCUUAUCGCCAUUCUUCUGUUCACAAGUGGCCAAAUGUUCAACCACAUCCGAAAGGUCCCAUAUGUUGCUGGUGAUGGCAAAGGUGGCAUUAGCUAUUUUGCCGGUGGAUUCCAGAACCAGUUCGGGAUGGAGACUCAAAUUGUGGCUGCCAUCUACGCUGUCCUCUCCUUUGCUACGAUCGCACUCGCACUGAAGGUUCCCCGGAUGGAAGAUGUCAAGGGUCAACAGCUGGCUGUCUUGAUCUGGGCAACUGUCCUUUUCGCAACAUACAGCUUCCUUCUCAGUGUCUUCAAAACCAAGAACGGUGGCUAUCCAUUCUAUCUGCCUCCGUUCUAG